AUAAACCUGUCCAGUGUGCACCGCCAAGCCACACUGGUCUUACGGUAAUUUCACAUUUAUAUAUAUAUGCAGGUUGGUCAAAACGAUAAUGAUCAUGCUUUGAACGAAGCAAGCAGUGUGUGGCUGGCCUCUGGGCGAAGCUAGCGCAGACAGCUCCAUCAAGUGGAGAAGAAAGAAAGGAUCUGUCAAACAUGAAAAGUCGAAAACUUUGAACGCAGCAUCACAGAAAAACUGCUUCCCGAGGAAAACCAGAACGUUUAGCGAACGAUUCCAGAGGGGGAAUCAUCAUAAAUCGUACGCUCGAUUCGACCUUCCUGGUUCAGUUCAGCCACUCGGAGCCUCAGAUAGAAACUGGCGUGAUGGUGAAGUCGGCUUGAAGAUAAUACCACUGGGGGACCCCAGCCUUCCCAAAUACUGUCCGAAUCUGCUGAAUCGUACCAAUCUGAGAGACCCUUUAAAGGCAUAAAUCCACUGAGCGUGUUUUCUGGCCGUAGGCUGCUUCAUUUUAGCGGUGGUUUUCAAAAAUGGCGAAUCGGUGGUGGGCUGGUAACGUGGCAAUGAGACCUAAAGAUCCCUUGAUGUCUUCUUCAUCACUUCAUCUGAGAAAUCCGCAAGAUGACCGUGGCGGAUUGAAUCAACUCGGGCCGAGACGAGAGCAAGACUUCCUGGAAAACACCAACAAUAUCACGACACCGACCCAUAGCAGCAACAGCAACACUAACGCCAACACAAACACAACUUCGCAUAGCCAGAACGUCGACGACGACGAGAGCCGACAUAAUGGCCGCGAGGCUGAUGACCAAAACCCAGGUAGCCACGACGUUGCCGAGCCGGGAAGCAGUGGCCGACGUCCCCGAGGCCGACCGCCUGGGUCGAAGAACAAGCCGAAGGCACCGGUCGUUGUAACCAAAGAGAGUCCCAACGCCCUCCGGAGCCACGUGCUGGAAAUCUCCAGCGGCAGCGAUGUUGCCGAGAGCCUCUCCACCUUCGCGAACCGGAGGCACCGUGGGGUGUCGGUGCUUAGCGGAAGUGGCAUUGUGACCAACGUCACGCUCCGGCAUCCGGCGGCCCCAGGUGGGGUUAUCACACUAAAUGGAAGGUUCGAGAUUCUGUCACUAUCCGGAGCGUUUUUGCCGGCCCCUUCGCCGCCCGGGGCCACUGGACUGACAGUGUAUCUAGCCGGCGGGCAGGGGCAGGUUGUUGGUGGAAAUGUGGUGGGUUCACUAGUAGCAUCGGGUCCUGUAUUGGUGAUUGCAGCCACAUUCGCUAAUGCCACUUAUGAAAGAUUGCCACUUGAGGACGAGCCAUCGGGGGAAGAAGUUGAAGUACAAGCACAGCAACAAUCAGGAGUAAACUCUGGAACUUCUGGGCUUUCAGCAUCUCAAGCUAUGAAUGAACAGGUUUCAAUGCCUAUGUUCAAUAAUAUGAACCCAAAUUUGCUACCAGGUAAUGAUCAGAUGCCACACGAUGUGUUCUGGGGGCCUCCUGCUCGCCAACCUCCUUACUGAAAGAGACUUGUGCAGUAUGUUGAAAAGGUUUCUUGAAAGCACAGCAUAGCUAGCAAGGUUAGGGAUUUUGUGUUCAUUUGUUUUGUUGUUUCUGAUAGUCUUGAAAGAUGUUUUUUUAUUCUGAACUCUUCUGUACUUGUUUCUUGCUUCCUUCUAAUCUACUGUUUCAUUUCUA